UUGUUCCAUUGGCAUCUUUCUCACGAGUCUACAAGAUGAAACCAGCUACAUUGUUAAGCCCAACCCCAUAGUUGAGCCAUAUGAACUCUGCACUUGGUGUUGUUGGCCUAAAUCUUUGUUAAUUGAUGAUCCAAUAUUGCAUGAUGAUGGGAAGCUUAGUGUUCAAUAUACCAAGGAAUACGCUCAUGCUGAUUGAUUUUUAAUUAUCAUGGGUGUAACGGCUAUAAUGUUGUUUUCGACAAGAUCAUCUCGUUUCUUUUUAUCGUGGGUAAAAGAAGAUUAUACAAAGUAAGAACCACAGUAUGUUGGAAUCAUUACUUAAUUCAAAUUCUUGAUAAUAUAGUUAGACCAUGUGUAGUGGAAGGGGAAGAUAAUGCCCCCACCCUAGGGCAUUUUACGCCAUGUGGCGGUCCAGUCAGCAAAGGGGCAUUAUUGGACGUUUUCUAAAAUGGGGGUAGUGGGGAUAGGGAAUUAUUGGGCAAUAUGUUUUGUAGUAAAUAAAAUAAAGAAAAAAACACCUAAAAAUCUUAUUGGCCAAGCAAAUGGAAUCUCUAAUCUGAUUGGUCAACAUUUCCCUCCAUCAGCGUUGUUUAAAAAACGCCAACCCAAUUUUUUUCAAAAAAAAAAAACGCCCGAAAACGUCAUGGUGCAAUGGCUAUGGGGCUUGUUUCGGCGUUUGUUUUGAAUUUUUUUUAAAAAAAGCGCCCCACUACGGGGGUCUUAACCAAAAGGAACACCAAAGUCAAUUAUGAUUAGUUUCAAAGGCAAGCAAGCUCUUUACAGAAACAAAAAGAUUUUGCUUAGAUCACACUUUAUCCAACUUUCUAUAGAUGUUUGAUUAAACCUACCAAAUAACAUGAAUUAGUAUCUUGGAAUAAUGAAAUACCAACUACACCAUCAAUGACAAGACAAAUUAACCACCUUUCCAACAAAUCAAUCCCAGGGGCAAAGUGGUAAAACAAGGAUAUUAUGUCCAACGUUGUAGUGUGUAUAUAUACACGCACAUACCACAUUUGGUCCCAUACACAAAUCAUUUGAUCAAAAAAAUGGAGAAAAAUACAUAUACCAUGUUAUUGUUGGUGGCUUUUGUUGGAAUGUUGCUAAUGUUAUCCACACAUGGAUCGGCCGAGCAACAUGUCGUCGGAGGGAAACAAGGGUGGGACGAAUCGACAGAUUUUGACUCUUGGGCUUCGGGUCAAACUUUUAAGGUCGGCGACACACUUGUAUUCAAGUACAGUCCGCUGCAUAACGUUGCGGAGCUUGGCAGCGAAAGUGAAUACAAGAAUUGUGAUGUAGGAUCGGCUACGAACUCAAUGAGCGAUGGAAACAGUGUGGUGAAGUUAACAAAGGCGGGUACGAGGUACUUUGCAUGUGGUACACCUGGACACUGUGAUCAGGGUAUGAAGGUGAAGAUCACUACAGUCUCUGCUUCUUCAGAUUCAUCGCCAACAUCAUCUUCAUCAUCUAAAACACCAACUUCAACUUCAACUUCGACUUCGGGUGCGAUUUGUGUUUCGGGAUCAUUUGUUUUUGCAGCUGUGUUUAUGGUGCUGAUGAACAUGUUGUGUUAAAUGGAAAAGGCCUCAGGAUAUCUUUAAGGUUUUACGGAUUUAAAGGUUUUGAGUUGUUGGAUAGGAAUAGUUGAGCCAUGAUGUUCUUCGCUUUAUUCGUUUUAAUGUGGAAUUCAUAUUGUUUAUUGGGUACGAGUUGAGAUUAUAAUAAAAUAUCUUGAGAUUAUAAUA